GCCUCCAUGGCUGACGGAAAGCUAAGCUAAGUUAGCUUGAGGCUAACAGUUUUGCAUGCGCGUGAAAACGCAGCGCUUUCCAAACCGGAAGUGCGUUGCAAUGCCGCCUUUCCACUCGUGAACUGUCACUCAACGCUGCGCCGAGGAUAUGUCCAGCAGGAGGAGGAGCAGUGAUACCAUGUGGGUGUCACAUGAAUGAGAAGGAUGAGGCCUGAUCAACAAGGAGGCAUCUUUAGGAGAGAACUACUAAACCCACGGCAGGGGCUUUGUCACUUGUAGAAGUCCUGCAGUAUAAGCCCCCGCGUGUGGACCCAUUGGUGAAUAUAUGCAAUGAACAGUACCACUCCGUCCCCCACAAUCAAUGGGGAUGUGGCAGUCAGCUAUGUGUUGGUGCCAUUUUUCCUCAUCACCAUAUUUGGAAUCGCUUUAGCUGUGAUAUUGUAUAUUCGUAAGAAAAGGAGAAUCGACAGACUCCGCCAUCAGCUGUUACCAAUUUACACAUAUGACCCUUCAGAGGAGGUGAAUGAAGCUGAACAAGAGAUGCUGUGGAAAGAAGAGGACACUAGGGUUGUUCAAGGCUGGGCACGAAGUUAUCAACAGCGGCGCCCUCUUCUGUCCAAAGAUGCUUGAAGAUUGGAAACCAUGGCAGCUCCAGGGAGUAGCUGCACUAAACACAGGCUAGGUAUUUUUGGCCAUGGUUAUUAUUUUGCCCAAUUCAUGAACUACAACAGGCAACAUAGUUGUGGUAUGCUAAUACCAAAUGCUGAAUUUUCAACUUAUUUAUUGUUAAAUAAUAAUUUAUGAGCUUUCACUUUGAUCUCAAUUUAAGGAGCUCAGUGUUCAGGUGCAACUUGCCGUAGCCUGUAAAAUGUUCUUUAUUUAUAUCAGAGACAGUAUGGUGUGAUACUUAUGACUUAGUUGUUUACUGUAGAACAAGUUCAAACCAUCUGUGUGGUAUGAGACUUACUGAACAUGUCCAUGUCUUUGCAGCACAUAAGACAGAUUUACAUAAAAUUGUCUUUCUGAAUAAGCAAGUUAUUAUUGAAGGCCUAGUUAUGGUCACUUUCACUUUUUAACUUACGCAAUGAAGGAAUCACUAUGGUUUUGUUUUUAUUCACACACAAUGUGGUGAACUGCCACGUCCACUGGUCUGGAUCAUUUUGUGGCUUUGCCAAAUCAGGUCAUUCUAAUGGAAGGCAUGAACAGCUCAAUAUGAAAGUAAACCCAAUCCAGUUUUCCCCUGAAUGACUCCUGCUACAAAUAUGUCCUGUGCAUAAGACAUGGCACCGGCCAGGAUACACAUCCAGCCAGGGAUGAAUGCCAUCAAUCUGACUGUACACAACAGACCCUCCUACUUUUAUUUCCUUUAACCUUAGUUAGCCUUUUGUUGCAAUUUAUUACAGAGCAAAUCAUGCAUUCAAUUCGACUGAGAGGAAGUCUGUUGACAUACUCUACAUUAUAUGAUGUUGCUGUCAUGACUCCAAAUUACCUUACAUGUAUAUUUCCUGUGAAAUAGCUAAGGUUUUCCUAACAAAAACUAUAUUUUAAUUUUACAAUCAUACAAAUGAUGUACUUGUUACUGAGCCUCUGAAUUCCGCCUGAUCUUGAAUAGACAGCUACUGAUGUGAAUUUGUCUGCACUGUUUAGUUUUUUCUGCUUUGAACUGCAAAAGGUGCCUCAUGAAAAUGUUUAUCUCAAUAAAAGCAGAAACAACUUC